UCAUGUUGAAUACUUUAAUACUACACAUGAUGUUUCUCCUCUACUCUUCUUUAUCAGGUGCUCUAAAAUUUUCUGUUCUUGCACUUCUCUUUUAUGGAGGUUGCGAGGUGACCGUAGCUAAGAAUGCAACGUUUCCUGCGCUCAUUGCGUUCGGGGAUUCCAUUUUGGAUUCAGGGAAUAACAAUUAUCUCAGUACAAUAGUCAAGUGUGAUUUUCCGCCGUAUGGAAGAGAUUUUCAGGAAGGAAAACCAACAGGAAGAUUUUGCAAUGGAAAGAUCCCAUCUGACUUCUCAGCUGAAUUCUAUGGCAUUAAGGAAUUGUUACCACCUUAUCUUGACCCAAAUCUCCAGCUACAAGACCUCCUCACUGGAGUAAGUUUUGCCUCCGGUGGUGCCGGAUACGAUCCUCUCACAGCUAAAAUCGACUCUGUUUUAUCGUUGUCCGAUCAACUCGAACUGUUCAAAAAAUACAAGGAGAAGAUAAAGUCAGCAUUAGGAGACGAACAGACUGUUACUUUUCUUUCAGAAGCCCUAUUUCUUAUCUGCUGUGGAAGUAAUGAUAUUGCUAAUACUUACUUUUCUACUUCACGCCGGAGCACUCACUAUGACAUUGAUUCAUACACUGACUUAGCAGUCAACUAUGCAUCACAAUUCUUCCAGGAGCUGUACGGGCUAGGAGCAAGGAGAGUUCUAGUUGUGGAGCUGCCGCCAAUUGGGUGUGUACCGUUACAAAGAACACUAGGUGGAGGGUUGACAAGAGGCUGUGCAAAUAAAUUAAACCAUGCAGCAUUGCUCUACAACUCCAAGCUCUCUGCCCAAAUGGAUUCUCUCAAGAACAGUCUUCCAGGCUUCAAAAUUGUCUAUGCAGAUGUCUACAAUCCACUUCUAUCCAUCAUCCAAAACGCCAAACAAUAUGGGUUUGAAGAGGUGAAUAAAGGCUGUUGUGGCACGGGCAACAUAGAAGCGGGCAUACUGUGUAACCAUCUCAGCGAUGAGCAAAGCUGCACAGAUGCGUCCAAAUUCGUGUUUUGGGACAGCUACCAUCCCUCGGAGAAGGCUUACGAGAUCCUUACCACUAUGAUCUUAAAUCAACACACUAAGGAACUUCUAUGAUCUCAAGGAUUUUACAGUUACAAAUUUACAUAAGCAUUGUUCAAAAUGGAAAAAACUGUAAAAGACUUGCCUACAAAUACCAGAUAGCUAAUGCAUCAAAGACUUUUAGAAAGGAACUGUAUAAGAGUUACCUGUAGUCUACUAAAUCAACUAGUCUAAGAAGAAAACAACCCACAAUUCAUUCAAACAUAUAUAGAAGAUAUACAGGUAACCAGUUCCAGAUAAUAUUAAUUAU